AAAUUGCGCCAAAGCUAAAAAAAAUAAAAUAAACAGAACCAUCAUAAACUGAAUACAGAAGCUGUUGUUUUGUUAACUAGCUAACUGUUAGCCAAAUAUAUGGUAUAUAUUUAUAUAUCUACUUUAACGUUAGCUAGUUAAGAAUAUCAUUGCACAUUUAGCUUAUGAAAGAAACGUAACCAAGGAGUAUAUACUAUCCUGUAAAGUUUGUCUUUAGAAGUGACGUUUGUUUCCCAGUUACGCAACUCGGGUGUAAGAUGAGUGGAGAGGGUUCUGCUCACAGCUCCUGCAGAGGAGGGCAGAGGGGAGGGGGAUGGAGGGGAGGAGGAGGGGGAUGGAGGGGAAGACCAUGGAGAGGAAACUCACGCCCCCCCAGUGCUCAAAGAGGGUCCUCUCAGUCCCGUGUGUCUCAGACCACCCUGGACAGACUCUCUCCCUAUAAAGGCUGGGCCCUCUACUUCACUGAAGGUUUCAUAGAUAGUUCUCCGUAUGUGGAGAAGAUCAAAGUGUUUGAACAGUACUUCACCUCACAGAUACACCUCUAUGACAAAGAUGAGAUUGAGCGUCAGGGCAGUGUGUUGGUGGACUAUAAGGCUCUUGUUGAGGAUAAGGAGGUGUGUAUGGCUCUUCCGGACCUGUCCAAUCAGCUGAGAGAACAACCAGAGACCACCCUCAACUGUCUGGGCCUCGCCAUACACCAGGUUUUGACGAUGGACUUGGAGAGACACGCUGCAGAGUUACAGGGGGAAGGGCUUUCUGGGGGAGCCACACCCAUCAUUAACAUACCCCACAUCAGCGCCAGGUUGUAUAACUAUGAGCCAUUGACAGCCCUGAGGACGCUGCGUGCGAGUGUGUUUGGUCGGUUGGUGUGUGUGAGGGGGACCGUGGUACGUGUCAGCAACAUCAGACCACUCUGCACACGCUUGGCUUUCACCUGCUCCGGCUGCUCACACACACACACACUCACCCUGCCACACGGCAAGUUCACCACGCCCACCAAGUGUGUGCAGCCACAGUGUCGCAGUCGUUCUUUCGUCCCCAACAGGAGCUCCCCUCUCACCCUCACUGUUGACUGGCAGAAUAUCAAGGUCCAGGAGCUGAUUGGAGGAGAGCAGAGGGAGGCAGGGCGGAUCCCUCGGACGGUGGAAUGUCACCUGACCUCUGACCUCUGUGACAGUGCGGUCCCUGGAGACACCGUUACUAUUACUGGAACAGUCCGAGUCAGCCAAGAUGACGGCGGCAGCAGGGGGAAGAAGGAUAAGUGUAUGUUCCUGCUCUACAUUGAGGCCAACUCCGUCAGCAACUCUAAAGGUCAGAAAGUGAAGGAGGCUGGAGGUCAGGGGUCAUCUGGAGGUGAAAGGUCAUCAGGGAUAGAGUUCUCUUUGAAGGAGCUGUACGCCAUCCAGGAAAUACACAGCCAACCUGAUCUACUGAAGCUCAUCGUACACUCGUUGUGUCCAGCCAUCUAUGGCCACCUGUUAGUAAAAGCAGGCCUGUCCUUAGCGUUGUUUGGAGGCAGUCAGAAGCAUGCUGAUGAUAAGAACAGGAUUCCCAUCAGAGGAGACCCUCAUAUACUGGUGGUGGGAGACCCUGGCCUGGGGAAGAGUCAGAUGCUACAGGCGGUGUGUAAUGUGGCUCCCAGGGGGAUCUAUGUGUGUGGUAACACUACCAGUACGUCAGGGCUGACCGUUACUCUGUCCAGAGACGCCGGCUCUGGAGACUACGCACUCGAGGCUGGAGCUCUGGUACUAGGAGACCAAGGGCUGUGCUGUAUAGAUGAGUUUGAUAAGCUGGGCCAUCAGCAACAAGCGUUACUAGAGGCCAUGGAGCAGCAGACCAUUAGUCUGGCUAAGGCUGGUCUGGUGUGUUCCCUACCUGCUAGGACCUCUGUUAUCGCUGCUGCUAACCCUGCUGGAGGACACUACAACAGGGCCAAGACGGUCUCCGAAAACCUCAAGAUGGGCAGUGCCCUCCUUUCGAGGUUUGACGUGGUCUUCCUCCUAUUGGAUGUUCCUGAUGAGUCGCAUGACCGCCGGCUGUCGGAACAUGUCAUGGCCGUCAGGUCAGGGAAGGGAGGGGCUUCAGGUGCCGUGGUUACACGAGGAGACUACCAUCAAUCACAGAGCUCGCUGCUGGAGCCCUCCGACACACCUCUUUCUGACCGGCUGCAGGUGUGUCCAGGGGAGUGUGUAGACCCCAUCCCCCACUCCCUGCUGAGAAAAUAUGUUGGUUAUGCCCGUCGCUACGUUCAUCCCUCGCUCUCUACUGCCGCUGCCCAGACGCUCCAGGACUUCUACCUCUCCCUACGCUCACACACACACCCCGUCGACAGCACACCCAUCACCACACGCCAGCUGGAGUCCCUCAUCCGCCUCACCGAGGCACGGGCGAAGCUGGAGCUCAGAGAGACAGCUACCAAGAGUGACGCUGAAGACGUAGUGGAGAUCAUGAAACACAGUCUGGCAGAUACCUUCUCUGAUGGUAGUGGAGGUCUGGACUUUGAGCGGUCAGUACUGGGUGUUGGGAUGAGUCAGCGUUCGGCUGCCAAGAGAUUUAUCACUGCGCUCAACACACACGCUCAGCGCACACACACCAUGUUGUACGACCUUACACAGCUACGCAGCCUGGCCAAGGACCUCAACAUACAGGUUGCAGACUUUGAAGGUUUCAUCAGUUCUCUGAAUGAACAAGGCUACCUGCUGAAGAAAGGACACAGACAGUACCAGCUACAGACUAUAUAACACACAAACAUCAUUUAAAGACCUGCUGUUACAUAAUGCAAUACACAUGUUUUGUAAAGAAUUGGUUGUUUUAUUUGUGAAUUGUUCCAAUACUGAGAUGUAUAUCUGUACAGAACCAGUCAAAAGUUUGGACACCUACUCAUUCCAGGGUCUUUAUUUAUUUUUGACUAUUUUCUACAUUGUAGAAUAAUAGUGAAGACUACAUCAAAACUAUGAAAUAACAAAUAUGGAACCCUGUAGUAACCAAUAAAGUGUUAAAUCACAAUAUAUUUAAUAUUCUUUAGUAGCCACCAUUUGCCUUGAUGACAGCUUUGCACACUCUUGGCAUUCUCACCAGCUUCACCUGGAAUACUUUUCCAACAGUCUUGAAGAAGUUUCCACAUAUGCUGAGCACUUGUUGGCUGCUUCUUCUUCACUCUGCUGUCCAACUCAUCCCAAACCAUCUCAAUUUGGUUGAGGUCAGGUGAUUGUGGAGGCCAGGUCAACUGAUGCAGCACUCCAUUACUCCUUGGUCAAAUAGCCCUUACACAGCCUGGAGGUGUGUUGAGUCAUUGUCCUGUUGAAAAACAAAUGAUAGUCCCACUAAGUGCAAACCAGAUGGGUUGGCAUAUCAGUGCAGAGUGCUGUGGUAGCCAAGCUGGUUAAGUGUGCCUUUGAUUUAUUUAGAAUUUGACUGUUUAACCAGCAAAGCACCCCCAGACCAUCACACCUCCUUUUCCAUGCUAAACGGUGGAAACCACACAUGUGGAGAUCAUGCUUUCACCUACCUACUUGUGGUCCUUCUGUGGCUCAGUUGGUAGAGCAUGGCGCUUGUAACGCCAGGGUAGUGGGUUCGAUCCCCGGGACCACCCAUACGUAGAAUGUAUGCACACAUGACUGUAAGUCGCUUUGGAUAAAAGCGUCAGCUAAAUGGCAUAUAUUAUAUAUUAUGGCAUAUAUUACUUAAAUCUCCCAUUUGGAAUCCAGACCAAAGAACAGAUUUACACUGGUCUAAUGUCCAUUGCUCGUGUUUCUUGGCCCAAGCAAGUCUCUUCUUAUUAGUGUCCUUUAGUAGUGUUUUCUUUGCAGCAAUUUGACCAUGAAGGUCUGAUUCACAGUCUCUGAACAGUUGAUGUUGAUGUGUCUGUUACUUGAAAUCUGUGAAGCAUUUAUUUGGGCUGCAAUUUCUGAGGUUGGUAACUCCAAUGAACUUAUCCCCUGCAGGUAACUCUGGGUCUUACUUUCCUGUGGCGGUCCUCGUGAGAGCCAGUUUCAUCAUAGCGCUUGAUGUUUUUUUUUGCGACUGCACUUGAAACUUUCAAAGUUCUUGAAAUAUUCCAUAUUGACUGACUUUCACCUUGAGUAGGUGUGUCCAAACUUUUGACUGGUACUGUAUAUUAAUAUAUAAAGGGUUAAUACAUUAAUGAAUCUGUUUGAAUAUGAAUUCCUGACCAAUGUUAAUGUAUUUUGACUAUUUGUAUUGUGCAAAUCUUGUAAUUUAACUGCUCUGGGGACGAAUGUGAUAAAAUAAAUAAGCUAGAAAUAUUAUGGACAUUUUGAUCAAAUAAAGUAAAUGUUGAAAAUAUUAGGAACAACAA